ACACACGGUGGCUUGACAGGCCGAAUUUUGGAUGAAAUCUGUCAAAAUUUCUCCUGGAUUUCGGAGAAUCUUGCUCACACCAUGGCUGCAGCCUUGGAACAGCUGCUAGGAGAUUUCCUCAUGCGUGGACUUGAAGAGAAAAUAGCCACGAAAUUGCUGUUUGGCAAAGGGAAAGUGUUGGCUCUCUAUUUCUCUGCUCACUGGUGCAAAGCAUGUCAGAAUUUCACUCCGCUUCUCAAAGACUGGUACAAGAAAAUCCGACGAUCUGACAGCGGCAAAAACAAUUUCGAGAUCGUGUUCAUUAGCUCUGACAAUGAAGAGGAUGAGUUCAAGGAGUAUUACAAUGAAAUGCCCUGGCUGGCUUUGCCGUACGUGGCCAGAGACAAAAAGACAAAGCUGGCGCGGAAGUUUCGCAUCCAAGGCAUUCCAGCGCUCAUAAUACUGGACGCAGAUGCGGGGACAGUGAUCACAACAAGCGGGGUCGCCAAGGUUACCAACGACCCAUCUGGGGCAGAGUUUCCAUGGAAACCCAAAUUGUUCAGUGACAUAAUCAAAGGGAAACUGUUAAAGAACAAAGUAGGAGAAGUGGAUGCCACGACCGCCCUUAACGGGAAGGUGGUGGGACUGUACUUCUCGGCUCACUGGUGUCCACCAUGCCGUGCCUUCACCCCGGACCUCAUCGGCGUUUACAGCAAAGUGCGCGCAGAGGGGCAAGACUUUGAAGUCAUAUUUAUUAGCAAGGACAGGAGUGCGGAGUCGUUCGCGCAAUAUUUUGAGACAAUGCCCUGGCUAGGCCUUCCCCAUGGAGACAAACGGACGGAGGACUUGAUCUCACUGUUUGGAGUGGAAGGAAUACCAUCCCUGAUAAUUCUGGAGAAAGAUGGCUCAGUUGUGACUCGACAUGGACGAGAGACGGUUCGGGCAGAUCCCGAUGGAAAGGAGUUCCCAUGGUACCCCAAGGCUAUGAAUAUGUUAACCAUGGACCAUGUCAGCCAGCUCAACCUCUCCCCCUGUCUCAUUCUCUUCACUGAGGGUGAGGAAAGCGAUAUUGUCAAAGCUCAAGAAGCACUGCAGGCGACGGCUGAGAAAGAACACCAGAAAGGCUCUGAACAAGAACUCCUCUUCUUCUACAGUAAUGAUGAUGAUUUCAGUGACUACCUGCGCGACUUCACCCUCCUGGACGAUCGUAAUCCCCUACUAGUCAUCCUGGACAUCCCUGGGCGUAAGAAAUAUAUCCACCCAGCCACGGAGAUCACACCCGAGAUCGUCAAAACGUUUGUGGAGCAGUACUUUAGCGGGAAGCUCACGCCAGAAGCCAUCAAGACGUAACUUUGGUCUCCCACAAACAAAUCCUAGUUUUUAUGCCCUGUACAUGUAUGCAAAAUUUACAUUUUAUUACCUGUAGAUAUAUAAAUUAUAUAUUUUGUUAUAAGUUUUUGCCAUGCUGUUACUAUUUGUUAAAGCUUUAGCAUAUAUGAGUAUUUGAGGCAUUUUGGUUGCUAACAGUUUUACCUGUAUGUGCAGUCCUUUUUUACAUUACAUUUAUUAGCUACACUGGAUAUGUAAGUAUUACACUCCAUAUGUGUAGCUGAAACGGAAUAAAAAGCUAAAUUUUAAGCUUAAAGUGCCAAGUAUUUGUAGCCAAUAAAUGUGCCACAAAGUGGGAUUAGAAUUUUAAAGAUGGUAACAGAAUAAUACGUGAAAAGCUGGUGCGUUGCAUUUGUACAUUUUCUUGUAAUUAAAUCCCUUACUGAUGGUUUUUGGGUAUUAAGAAAGUAUUUUAGUGCAGGCAAAUCUUGCAGAGGCCUGAAAAAUCGUAAAAUGUUUUUGAAACAUGUAUACAAGAGGAUAUCAGUAGCAUAUAUGACUAUAGAGUGUUUGAUUAGAACUCUGAAUGUUGAAAUUAUGACAGAUGUGUCUCUCUGAAGUAAUCCGAUCACAAAUUGCACCAAGUUGAGGCACGCUGCCUAAAGGCAUGUCAUCAUGUGAGUAUUUUAGCAAACAGCAUAAUCAGUGUUUUGCAUAACAUUUCGUAGGAAAAACUUUCCUGCAUCAGUUUCAUCUGACAUAAGUUCAAAAUUUAACUCACCCACACCUCACCAAUUCACAGUCUUAAACAUGACUGUGUUUGUUUUGGAUGUUGGCUAGGUCAGGGACUGUAUGAUGAAUUAUUUUUACUGAUCUUCAUGUACUGGUGAGAGCAGAUCUCCUCUGUCACAGAAACAUGUCUUUCUUUUCUGUUUAUGCAUGCUUUUUCCUUGUAAAUCGCUAUCAUUAUUACUGGAGUGUAAACGCCAUCCUAAAUCUGUGAAUGUCAUUUUCUAAAUCAUUUUAUGACGUUGGGAGGGAUGGCAUGAACUUGUACCUCAGCAAAGAGAAUGUUUGCAUGUGUUUGGAUAAACCUGGGGAUCUUCUACCUAAAAUUUAUGUCUUUCUCAUGUUUUUAUAGGAGGAACUGUUUAGUACAUUUCAUUGUGUAAUUCAUGAAGUUUGUUUUUUUUUUCACAUCUUCAUCUACAGUCUCAACUUAAAGUUUAUGAAAGAUGUGUAUGUAUGUCUGUUACAGCUCAUAUCUGUUACAGAUUAUAUGUCUGUAACAGCUCAUAUGUCUUACAGCUCAUGUCUGUUACAGCUUAUAUGUCUUUUACAGCUCAUAUAUCUGUUUAAUUGGAUAACUCAAACAUCAGUUAACUUUGAAUCUCCAGUUUUGGAUGAAUGUACACAUAUGUAUUGGAUCUGUUGUACCAUUGUAGGAAAUCUGUCAAAUCUGAAUGCGCGCUUUCAAUGUUUUCAUUUCUGCAGAGUUAUUGCCCUUUGCAAAACUUAAGCAAACUGGCUAAUAAUAAAUGCAUUGACCUCAUGAGAUAAAUUUCUUUCAAGUGAGUAGUCCCAAACAUCUCUUUGUCCUUUAGUGUGACACAAGAUACACUUUUGUGUAAGCAUAAAUGUAAAAUACUUACUAUCAUGGCAAUAUAGCCAUCAUAUAAAAUAAGCUUGAUACAGUCUCUUAAUUAUGAGUACCAGUAUUGGUAGAAACCCUGUCUGAAUAUGAAAUUUCCUGUGAGAAACUUGAGGAACCUUAUAUAGAAUGUGAGUUAACCAGCUUUGUGAGUUUACAAGCGUGUACAUAUGCACCAGUACAUUAUAUCAUUGUAUGUAUGAUUGUAUAUAACAGUACUGAAUAUAAACUUCUGCUCACUGUUAGCUACCUUGUGGCUCACCUGUCAGCCGUUCGUAGGGCAUUGUUCAUAGGCAUUGUCACCUCCAAGAGGAGUAGAUCUGAGGUAUUGGUGUUUUUUUGUAACAUGAAGGUGCAGUAAAUAUGUAGUUUGGUUGACAGUAUUCUGAAAUGUAAUUAGACUAAAUAUCUGUUGUGUGUUAAUUAAUUUCAUUUUAGCCCUGGUAAUUUUGUUACACCCAAAAUGCAAUUUUUCUGGCUUGGAAUACUGUCUUAGUUUGGUUUGUUAUGUUGACUAUGACAAUGUGUGGUAGUUUUGGCCAAACUAUUGGCAUAUAUUUUAUAAGAACACAUGUAUCAUAGCCUUCAGGUAAACGUUGCAGCAGUUGGAUGUCAGAUACAAUGAAUCCGUUGGCUUUCCAUAUGAAGCUUGUGAUGGGAAGGUUGCAGCAGUUGGAUGUCAGAUGCAAUAAAUGUUUGCUUUCCAUAUGAAGCUUGUGAUGGGAAGGUUGCAGCAGUUGGAUGUCAGAUACAAUAAAUCCCUUUGCUUUCCACAGGACGCUUGUGAUGGGAAGGUUGCAGCAGUUGGAUGUCAGAUGCAAUAAAUCUGUUUGCUUUCCAUAUGAAGCUUGUGAUGGGAAGGUUGCAGCAUAUCUGAUUUUAUGUGAA